UUGUUGUGCGUCACGGAUGGACUCGUCAGUUUUGGGUUUUGGUUCAGUCUCCAUGCGCACGUUGGAGUAACACCAGGGUGAUUUCACAGCCACAGUGCGCAGUGGUGAGGUUUACGCACAGGCAGGAACCACCUCUGUACGCCCCGGGGAGAACCGGCAACCAUGCCUUUCGCCUCGGAGCACUUCUUCAACAUCACGGGCAGAAACAGUUCGGAGGGCUUUAACCUGAGCCAGCAGCUGGAGACAGGCACCGCCGCGAAUGAUGGGGACAUCAGCGCGAAAAGAAACGACAGUGACCCGUUUGGACGGAAUGAGGAGGUGGCAAAGAUCGAAAUCACGGUACUGAGCCUGGCUUUUCUUGCGGCCGUGGUGGGGAACUUGAGUGUGCUGCUGGCCAUGAGCAAGACCAGGAGGAAACUGUCGCGAAUGCACCUGUUCAUGAAGCACCUGAGCCUGGCGGACCUGGUGGUCGCCUUCUUUCAGGUGCUGCCUCAACUCUGCUGGGAGAUCACCUUUCGCUUCUACGGGCCGGACUUUCUGUGCCGCAUAGUGAAGCACCUGCAGGUGCUGGGCAUGUUCGCCUCCACCUACAUGAUGGUGAUGAUGACUCUGGACCGCUACAUCGCCAUUUGCCACCCGCUGCAGACUAUCCAACAGCCCACACAGCGCGCCUACAUCAUGAUCGGGGCUACCUGGGCGUGCAGCCUGGUCCUCAGCACCCCCCAGUACUUCAUCUUCUCCCUCAGUGAGGUGCGCCCCGGCUCGGCCGUCUACGACUGCUGGGGACACUUCAUCGAACCGUGGGGCGUACGCGCGUACAUCACCUGGAUCACGGCCGGGAUCUUUCUCGUGCCAGUGGUCGUACUUGUGUUCUGCUACGGUUUCAUCUGCCACACCAUCUGGAGGAACCUCAAGUAUAAAACCCGGAGGAAGAGCGGCAGCGCAGCGGCAGAGGCUGCCCAGACCGGGAUCCUGGGCAGGAACUCGGUCAGCAGCGUAACCACCAUCUCCCGUGCCAAAUUACGCACGGUGAAGAUGACUUUCGUGAUCGUUGUGGCGUUCGUAGUGUGCUGGACGCCUUUCUUCACCGUGCAGAUGUGGUCAGUGUGGGACAAGACCUUCUCCUGGGACGAUUCAGAGAACACCGCUGUGACACUCUCCGCCCUGUUGGCCAGCCUCAACAGCUGCUGUAACCCCUGGAUCUAUAUGAUCUUCAGCGGUCACCUCCUCUCAGACUUUGCCAGCAUUCUGCCAUGUUGCAGCCGGCUGAAAAACAAGUUUACUCAUCUGGAUUCAGACAGCAGCAUCCGCCGGACGACGCUGCUGUCCCGUCUCCAGGGUCCGAGACUGUCAGAGCCGUUCAGAGACCUCAACCCCACCCCCAGAACUGCCCCACCCAUCCCAUCUGUAUCCUGAUGACUAUUUGUUUGUACCUGGUGCUACACAGAAAACAUGGACUCACCUUCAUCUGCUGGUUUACAGCAGCGACAUGAUCUCAUCAUGGAGGGUGGAGUCACACCUAUGUUUUGUUGUCUUUGGUCUGGAGCAGAGUGGAAAAGUUUACUCCAUGGCAAAUGUGGUGUUGGUUUGUUUAGGUUCACAUGGCUGCUAAAAAGUUUUAGUUACUCUUUUCCAUUCGCUUUGUCAGAGUCAAAACACAUUCACUGUAACUUUGGCUUUAAAUGAAACGCUCUUUUGUUGUAAAUAAGUGAAAAACAUAUGAAAAAUGUAAAAAUAUAAACAUCUGAUCUCAUUUUACUGUCACGUCCACAAAAUUACAGAGUGAUUCUCAAUUAACAACAGAUCUCCAAACUUGAACUGAAAAAACUCUAUUUUCUUUGCACCAAAUGUGAUGUUGUGUUAAAUAUAACAUGGAUUGAAUUAUGCAAAACAUUUUUCCUGGUUGCAUAUUUUAGAUUUUUAGCUUACCGGCUGAUAGGCUGUAAGCUAUUGUCGUCAUGUGGCGUCUGUCGUCGUCGUCUGUCAUCCGUUACAAAACUUUCAAUCGUCUUCUUCUCCGAACCUACAAACUUCAAACUUCAAACCGACUUCAAACUUGGUAUACAGCUUCUUUAUGAUGAUGUCAACAAAAUUUAGUGAAAUUAUUUGGAUCCGAAUCUGAUUCUGGAUUUGGUGCCACUUU